AGUUGCCACGGAGGUCCUUCACAGUUCACACAGCACAUUGCAACUUGGAAUCAUGAAGGUUUUAAUCUCAGUAGACGGAAGCGAGAUCGCAGAAAAAGCUUUCGAAUGGUAUUUGGAAAACUUUCACAAAUCACAAAACGAGAUCGUUGUUGGUCACGUGGUUGAGAAACCAUCGGCGUAUCACGCGCAUUUUGCCGGCGGGGCAGUCUCGUCAAUCCCCAAAGAUUACUUGGCAGAAGAAAUUCCUGAGGAAAUUCAACGAGAAUUCGAAUUGUUGAAGAAAAAAUAUGACGCAAAGUUAAAGAACCGAGCGAUAAAAUACAAGCUCGUGUUCGAAGCAACACAAGAUAAACUUGGUGAAGCCAUUGUUAAAAUGGUGGACAAAGAGCAUUGUGGCGCAAUAGUGACCGGGUCACGUGGUAUGGGAAUGAUCAAGAGAGCAAUCCUCGGAUCUGUUAGUGAUUAUGUAAUGCAUAAUUCGAAAGUGCCAGUACUUAUAUACCAUGCUUAAUGAUAUACUUGUUCAUAUGUAAAUUGCAUAAAAUAAUUUUCGAGUAAAAUUACCGUCAACAAAGUGUUUCGCUUACUAAACGCGUUUUGCCGUUUUAACUUUUAAUUAUUUGCAAUUGUUUUGAGUAAUAAAUACUUUGUGUUUUAAUGAGC